AGCACCUGCAGCGGCACACUUUUACUUAAACAUCACGCGAGGAUCCUUCCGUUCUAAAUAAACCCCUGUAUUUUUAUUUUUAUCUUUAUCUAUUUUGUGCAUCUUUCCAAAUGGAUAUUUACGCCUCAGCGCUGUCACCGGCGCUGGAUAUCGGCGCAGGCUGCUACCUGCUGGUUUUAACCGUGCUCUCCACUGUGGGAAACCUGCUCGUCCUCAUCAUGGCGUUCAGGAGGUCGUCCCGCAUGAAGCCGCCGGAGCUGCUCAGCGUAAACCUGGCGGUGACGGAUCUCGGCGCGGCCGUCACCAUGUAUCCCCUGGCCGUGGCCUCGGCCUGGAGCCACCACUGGCUCGGCGGAGACGUUUCCUGCAUCUACUACGGUCUGGCGGGCUUCUUCUUCGGCAUCGCCAGCAUCAUGAACCUCACCGUCUUGGCCGUAGUGCGCUUCAUUGUGUCCCUCAAUCUGCACUCUCCCAAGGAGAAGAUCAGCUGGAAGAAGGCGAAGAUGCUGUGUAUGUGGACCUGGCUGUACGCUCUGGUCUGGGCUCUGUUCCCCAUUCUGGGCUGGGGCCGGUACGGGCCGGAGCCCUUCGGCCUGUCCUGUUCGCUCGCCUGGGGACAAAUGAAACACGAGGGCUUCUCUUUUGUCGUCUCUCUGUUCUUCGUGAACCUGCUCGUGCCGAGUGUCAUCAUCAUUUUCUGCUACUUUGGCAUCGCCAUGAGGCUCUACUUCACCUACAAGAAGUCGACGAACAGCAACCACGUCCCCAACAUCAUCAAACUCCACCGGAGGCUUCUGAUCAUUGCCGUUUUGAUCAGCGCAGGCUUCGUAGCCUGCUGGACGCCCUACGGCUUGGUAAGCCUGUGGUCCGUUUUCAAUGACGGCAGCAAAAUCCCGCCCGAGGUCAGUCUGCUGCCUUGCAUGUUUGCAAAGAGCUCCACCGUGUACAACCCUUUGAUCUACUACUUCUUCAGCCAGAGCUUCAAAGAGGAGGUGAAGCAGCUGUCGUGGCUGUGCCUGGGCUCCCACGCGUGCCAGGUCUCCAACAGCGUCAGCGAAAACGACAUUUACAUGGUUAGCGUCAACCUCAAGUCCAAGGACGUAGUGCGGGAAACCGUGCAGGAGAUCACCGAGUUGAGGCAGUGACUUCGGCGUGAAGGAAUCUUAAAAGCAAGAGACUGAGCCGAGAAGGAGUUGUCAGAGGUCUCGUGGUUCUGGAAUGGAAAGGUGUCCUCUGGGUUAUGACCAGGUAAUGGGGGUCCUUAGACAGACUGGCAAUGAUGGGUAAAAAAAAGGACUGGGUUCAAAACUGUGAAUGUUCCAAGAGCUACAAAUAUAUAUAUAUAUAUAAAGUGUCUAAUUCAGUCAUGGAGAUGGGAUAUCUGACAUCUGAGUCAUACAAGAAAUGAUCAUAAUCGGCAGGUUUGGAAUGUUACGGUACAUUUAAGGUCACAGAGAGAAGAUGCUGCGUAGCAAAAGUUCAAAGCCAAAUGCCGUACGGAGAAACAGAACGGGAAACGUGCAAGAACUGCCAGAGAAAGUGGAAAUGUUUACUUACUGGACUUCGUUUUCUCAUGUUGUGGAGGACUUGUGCUUCUGUGUGCAUUGUGUGUUUAAACAAUAAAGUAGCCGUGCUGUCCUUGAAGGCCACACGUUGCCCGUUUCCGAACGGCGGUUCAUGCAAGAACGCAAGAUUGUAAAGAAGCUGCUGUUAUUCUGUCUAAGCCUUGUGUUACGAUGUGUAAAUGUACAACACCUUUUACAACUUGAGCGGUAUGUAACUUUGGAGGCACCGUCUAAAACAGCUUUGUGUUGUAAAAAUGAAACUGCUCUUCAAAACUCCAUUUUUGGAGAGGUGUAUGACUGUUGAAGUUACUUCUGUAAAGCACAAUUCAAAGACAAAAAGGACUCAGUGGUUUUGCUUUCGUAUCAGUUUGACAAAGAGUCAAAAAAAGUGAAAUGCCAGCACUUUUGGGUUACACUUUUUGUGUUUUGUUGCUGAAGUGAGGCUAGCUAUUUAUGUAGUCGUUGGAAAAAAUGUCUUUUUAAAAAGAAAAAAACCUUUGAAACUUUUCUAGCUAUGCUGAUUGUGGCGUAGAGGCAAAAAUGCAUGUGAAUCACAGAAAAUAAUUGGUUAAGAAGCCGUGGUUGACACAUUUGAUUUGUCGCUUUGCUUUUGUUGUCUGGAGCAAAUGUAGUGUAACCGAAUGCAUCAGAAUUCCUCAAAUAAUGAGGUAUUGCAUGUUAAGACGAUUAAAACCAUGCAUAAUUUACCAACGUAAGAGCGUGCUUGCACUGUUUUACGGCUUAUUUUAAUAAUAUAAAUAUUUUCUGCACUACGAACAGCUCAUAAAAUGAAGAAGAAUACUUUAGUAAAUAAAAGCAAAAUAGCUGAUUCACGAGGAGGUUGCUAGUUCCAUCCUGACCACUAGAUGGCAAUAAUAACAACACACUGCACCUUUAAACAGAUUUGUGUUUUUCCUCUCCUGUUGAAUAUAGAUUUCACCUCCAUCAUCAUAAUUUUCAUCAGUUUAAUUCUUUUUUCUUUUUUCUUUUUUUGUACUUUGGAGAACCAAAACAUUAUGGCAAAGUAUUAGUGAAAUCUGUCCAAACCUUGUAGAAGAAUUUGUUUGCUGCAUUCUGACCUGAACAGCCCAGAUUUUUUUUUUGUUUUUUUUUUGUUUGAGGUUUUCUCUUUUAUUCACUCUCUGUAUUGAUCAAAAAAAAAGUUUAUGGUACAAUCAGGCUGAACUAUAUUAUUACACUGAAAUCAGACAAGCACAUUUGUGAGGUUAACGUAUUUUGCAGGUACUAUAGACAAGAUGUGUCACUUUUGAGUCUCUAUUCUCCAUAUUUUCCUUUCUGUAUGGUUACAUGUAUUUGGCCUUCACUGUUAUGCACCAUUAUUGUUAUGACAACGUGCCUUUCAAAGCUAUUCAUUCUCCUGGUUCGCUUUCACGUUUUGUCACAGUACAAUCACAACUCUGUAAUUUGUUGAGCUUUCUUGUAACACAAGGUUUAGCAUAAUAGCUAAGUGGAACACUACAUACAGUACACCGCCGCCGUCUACAAUCCAGACUGCUUCCGCAAACAUUUUGUGAAGAAAAAAAAAGAAGAAAAAAAAAGGGUCGCCCUAAGGAGCUCAGCGAAUUCUAGCACGUUACCUCGCUUUUAAGUAUUCCUCGGUCAGCUGUUAGUGGUAUUAUGACAGACCAGAAAGGAUUGGGAACGACAGAAACUCGGCCUGAAAGAGGCGAGCCCUGUGAAAUCACAAAAGUGGGAUUAGAGGAAGGUGAACGGCCCGAGAACAAACAGAGCUUUUACUGGAGGGGAUUCCUGAUCGAGCAGCUAAAUUUAACCCUUAGGUCAUCAAAAAGCAACUCCACUGCAGGGAGCACUUAAUGCUUCAGGAUCAUUUCAUCCCAACGGAUGAACUGUUUCCUGCUCCAACGUGAUUGCUAAAAAGCGAGGUCCACAGGGACGUGGAUGAAGAACUUGAGCGGUCUGCCCAAUCCUGACCUCAACCAGACAGAACAUCUGCCAGAGGAGAGACUGCUUCAUCCAACGUCAGAGUCGCACCUCGGACGUCACACAAACGCACCGCUGCACCUUGUGGAAAGCCACUUUUGUUUACUACUGCAGGCCAUUAGCGCUAAAGCUAAUCACGACUUCAUCAAAGCAGAGAGGCUACAGGGGAAAACACAUCAGCAGAGUGCGACACGGGUCAUAAAACAGGAGUAUUGCGUUUAAUUAUAACAAACCACAACAUUGUGCACAACAUUCACCGGUCAGUCUCAGUUUCAUUCUGUUUAUUUGCCUGAAUAAUUUUCUAGCAUAACCAGUGGUUAAAGUGUAUACUUUGGGUAUAGAUCAAAGAAUAGACUGUAUCAUUUUUAUUUAUUCGUUCUUUUCUUUGGAAAACAAAAAAAGAGAGAGAAAAAAAAGACACAACUCUUCCCCACUGUAAAUAGUGCAGAAUUGUACUUGAAAUUUUACUUGUGUGCAUUGUUAUCUUUUUUUUUUCCCUUUUCCUUGAAUCUUGGAGUUCCUGUUGAACAUUUUGUUUAGAUAUUUGUGAAUGUAAAGCUCGGACGUUUGAGACUCUUUAUGUGCCCCAGUUACAAGUCAUAUUAAUGAAUAAACACAUAAUGAGUACAAACGCAAUGCAGUGGCGGUUAUAAUGGUUUAUAUGGAUUUAUAUCCAACAUACUUCAUGCUAUACGUCAUCUCAAAUUCAAACACUUGGAUUUUCCACCCCUUUUGUCGCUUUUAGAAAUUGAUCCUCAGCAAAAUUUGGCUUUUUGACAGAAAACCCUGUAACAUUGCACCGCUUCGUAAUGUCAAGGUGAUUUUUUUUCUUGUUUAUUUUUGUUACUGCUGAUCCCCACACAGUUUUGAAAGGAAGAACAGAGUAAAACUGCAGCGUCUGGAUGUGUAGCGCUGGCAGAGAGCUGGACAGACAGACAUCGUGCUUUGACCGCAACCAAAGGUGAAACUACUGAAAUCUGACUGGGAGGGGGAGAAUAUUUAAGGAAUAUUUCAUCUUCUUAUUUGUCAUUACUUACAUCAUUGUCAUUAGAAUUUUUAUCAAAAAAGCUCACAAUUAUUGUACUUGAUCCCUAGAAGCAAUAAAGGGGGUAAAACAUCACAAGUGGUAAAUAUUUUUUUUUUAUAGGAACCGAACAGGAAAGGCGUUUGUUGAGAAAUGGUGAUCUUUAUAUGCUGACUGUGAUAUCAUUAUAUCACAUUAUAUCAUAAUAUCAUAACAGCCUUGUUGUGUGUAGGUUUUGUCACGUGCACACUUGACAUGUUUCCAUGUACAAUGAAACACUUUGCUGUCUGUAGGAAUGCCAGUCAAAAAGGUAAAAGUAAAAAAAUCCAUAGGAGAACUUGGAGAAAAAGUAACGCCACCAUCUACAGAUAGAGAAAAAUGAAACACAAAUAGAAAAAUAAUGUGACGUGUUCACGAUUGGUUUUUAAAGGGCAAAGGAUGUGAGGCAAUUUCUCAGAAUGUAGUUUUAUUUCUUUUGUGAUUGCGGGCAGAGGAACUGAAUACGACAAAAAGGUCAUAAACGCCUUUAAUCUUAUUGCCAUGGAUCCAACAUAUGUCAAGCAAAGAUCACAAAUGCUUCAAAUGAAACUGUAACCGUCAAACUUGAUCACUUUCUGGACCAAAAAUGGGAACGUAACCUGUUGCCAACGUUUAGCCAUAAACCGAACGGUGCAGAAACGGUGAACAAAGAAGAACGGGAAUCAAAUUUCUCAAUAUAUUCAAUAUAAAUCCCAGAAAGAAUGAGGUGGUUGACGUGACAGAGCACUGCUAAAGUAAAAAAAAAAAAAAAAAACAACUUUAUUUCAAGCAAAGUGUCCAAGCAGGAUGUAGAUCACAUAGAAAA